GGUGGGAGGCCUCCUGCUGAGGGGAGUCGCAAAAGUGCCGACGCCGCUUCUGCUGCUGCCGCUGCCGUCACUGCUUUCCCGCCGGCCAGCUCCGGUUUCGAGGCUGGGCGUCGCGGGCAGGAGGCCCAGCUCGGCUCUUCCUCUUCGGCCGCGGCUCUGGCCCGACUCCGCGCCCUGACGCAGGCAGAGGGGCCUCCCCGCCCAGGCCGUGUGGGAGGCGCCCGGCCCGCUCAGCGCCUGGCCCUUCAAUGCUGCCGGUGGGUUUUCCAUUUGAAUCCAAGCCACACAUUUAUGGCGAUUCUGAGUGUCAGGGCAGAUUUCUGCCGGGCCCAGCACAGCACCCUGGCUGAGAAGUGAGCUGGAGACUGGGGUCCCUCGUGGGGUAACUCAACCUGGCCUUGAAGACUCAAGACACUGGGAGAGAAUCUUCAAAUAUAUGGGGUUAUCUUCUGUACAUUGGAAACCUCUUCCUCUUAGUGACACUAGAGAAGCAAAGCCUGGCUGAACUCCGUUGGAGAGAAGACUUGUUCUUACAAUUUUCUUUGUGCCUCACCAGUGCCUAAAUGUCGUCAAGGCUGCCUAUUUUUUGCAUGUAGUAGAAACCUGCAAAAUCUGAAGGAGUGCCACCUGCAGUGAUUGAGGCUGAAGUUGAAUUCCAGCAGAUGCUCAAGAAAACCAGUAUUUCUUAAAGUGAAAAAAUAUUUUGAAGAACAAGACCAAGGAAAUAAGGAAAGCUCUCACCAAUUCCCCACUUUAGUAGUCUUUGAUGUUUUCUGCUGUGAAACAUUGCACAAUUUGAUUUUUAAUUUUUAAUUUUUGUUAGCCCUCAUACAUUUUCCUCCCUUCGCCAUUAUGAACCGUCCUGCUCCAGUGGAGAUUACUUAUGAGACUAUGCGCUUCCUGAUUACCCACAACCCAACCAAUGCAACCCUCACCAAAUUCACAGAGGAGCUGAAGAAAUACGGCGUGACCACCUUGGUGCGAGUUUGCGAUGCUACCUAUGAUAAAGCACCUGUUGAAAAAGAAGGAAUACAAGUUCUGGACUGGCCGUUUGAUGAUGGAGCCCCACCCCCUGGUGAAAUUGUGGACGACUGGCUCAACCUGUUGAAAACCAAAUUCCGUGAGGAGCCAGGCUGCUGUGUCGCUGUGCACUGCGUGGCAGGAUUGGGAAGAGCUCCAGUUCUCGUUGCCCUUGCACUCAUUGAAUGUGGAAUGAAGUAUGAGGAUGCUGUGCAGUUUAUAAGACAGAAGAGGAGAGGAGCCUUCAAUUCUAAACAGCUGCUCUAUCUUGAGAAAUACCGACCGAAGAUGAGGUUACGCUUUAGAGAUGCCAACGGGCACUGCAUCGUGCAGUAAGCCAAGUCCCUUUGUGAUGUCUUUGACGCUAUCAUGGCUGUCUUUCUGGACUUGUGGAAUCUGGAAUUGUAAUUCUUGCAUUGAGCGACAUCCUGGCCGUCGUGGAGUCAGGGCUCCUCCGCCUUUCUCCUAAUGAUAAUGAUUGUGAUAAAAAAUAAAAUUAAAACGAAACAUUUCAGUGCAGGAUUGUCUUCUCAUGUUACAGUCUGAUCAUCUGCCAAGUGAUGGGAGUUUCCUUACUUUUCUGUAUUUUUAACCUCCUUUGUGGAAGAAAAACCAAAUUGAUUUUACGUUUUGAGGAACACCGGAGUAUGUGCAGAAAUUUGUAAUGGUGGAGUAGGAUGGGGAGCCCUAAUGAGGUCCUAGCCUGAAUUUAUUAUUUUUUAGUUUUAGAAGUGGAUUCUCUUUCAUUUUGUUGAAACCUGGAAGAUAGAAUUGGAGUUUUGUAUGGUCCAUGUGAGUGAGCAGCAGCCUUAAACCCUGUGGGGUGCUUUUAGAAAUAGUGUGAUAUAUGUAUGUAUGUACGUUUGCUGGCAACUGAUUGUUUGUACCAGGGAGGGAGAGGCAGCGUCAGUAAAUCUGAUAUUCUGGGUUAAAGCCCUUAACUAGGUGGUAUCUACAAGCAUCUUUCAGUUUACACCUGAAGAGGCACCAGGAAGAAGGCUGGGGUGUGGGCUCAUUUCAUAAUGCUGGUGGUUGUGAUACAUUUAACAGUGACGUUUCAUGCUCUUAUUAUGCAGAUGUCCAAAUUACACGAUGGUGGGUAUUUCCGAUGUUGUCUUCAGUGCUGAGAUAUAUUGCUCGACAUUUGUCUACAGUUACAUGUUAUCUAAAUGUUUUGAGUUAGAAGUUAACUUCCUGCAGUUUAAACAGAAAAAAAUAUAUCUUCCAGCAAAGAGAGAGACUGUGAAUGUUUUUGGUGAAAACAUUUAAAACGCCAACUGUGGUAUCAUCCAGGAUGGAUGAAAAGGUGGUAUGUUUCCUCCCUGGAGAGAUCUUAACAGUUGAGUCAAGUCUCGUCUUCUCAUGCUGCUUUUCCAUCCAUUGGCAUCUUGAGCUCCCAAUGCCUGAGGGCAUUUUUCCAGCUUAGCCUCUCAUAGAGUUCACCUUAACCACUGAUUGCCUUUUUAACUUUUCACCAGGUUCUUAAGGGAGACUUGCUGAUCACAUACUGUCAAUGCCUCUUUUGUUUAUGUUGUCUGUGUAAAAUAUCGGGAAACUGGGCUCAGUUUUGAUUACUGAUUUUGAUUAGGAAAGGCAGGAAGUUUUGCUUGUACGUUUGUUCAUUUUAAGUUACUUCUCUGCCAAAUUGCUUCAAUUAAACUGAGUUGUUUGUCUUCCAACUCAGUUUUGCUUUUAAAAAUGUGUUUGCUGAAGAUUUUUAAUUUAUAUUCUUCAGUCUUUGUGCAGCAUCAGGCUCCAGUGGGUUCCUCCAGCUGCUCUAUCAGUGAACACAGACAAGGCCUUCCAGCUCUCCAACAGGGUAUCUCAUGGUAUAUUGUGCCGAAUCACUUGAUAUACAGUAGUCCUUUUAAAUAUUUUGAGUCUAAAAAUCAUUAAAGCUUCCUGACAAACUUGUGUGAAAGCUGAUUGUGAUGAUAACGCCACUCAAAUCUCGAUGUGGGUGACCUGGAGUGCAAUCCUAUGCAUAUUGAUUGAGAACUUCUUUAAAUGUAGGGAAACUGACACCCCUGAAUGUUUGUAAGAUUGCAGUCUUGACUGAUUUUAGUUUGUAAAUCUAUUAAGCCCCAAAUGCCAGAUUCCUUGAUAUUUUGUUUUUUCACAUUGUUGUAAAACAUACAAGUGUUCAGAGUGGCAUGUCUUACAUUUAAGAAAGAUCAUGUUUAUCUGGAAGCAUAAUUCGAAGAAGAAGAAGAAAUAGAGCUGUCUUUCCUUAUUUCCUGCUCUGGCUGUCACACAUCUGCAUAAAAGCGCACAUCCUUGUAAUCGGAUCUCAUUUCCUCAAAAAAUGUUAUUUUGACCGAAAAAUGCUGCAACAUAAUGUGUUGAAGUCAGAUUUUUUAAAAUUCCUAAAGUUCUACCCUAAACCUAUGAAACAAUUGGAUUUCUUUUCUUUUCCCUAUGUAUAGUUUUGUUCUCCCCUUUCAGUUUCACUGUAUUGUAUUACAGUAUAUUAGCUUGUAUUUCAAACCUAACUGAACUGAUUGGGGGAGGGUGGGGGGAGCAGUUCGGUAUACAGGGCUACACAUUCUGUCAUAGAAUAGAAAUGCUGGAGCUUCAAUGUGAGCCGAGCUUAAUAGGCACAAUUUCUGGUUUAGCACUCGAAACAUAGUGCAAUAAAGUUCUUACUGUAAAGUCUC